CAACGAUCACAUGUUGUUUUGAUUCCCGUCGUAAAGCCAGGAAGUAUAGAUCGACCACAAAUGUUUUACUGUAUGUGAUAUCAAUUAUUUCGUCUUAUACUGUAUAGCUGGGCAAAGGAUGUCCUCCCCUCCUAAAGAGAAGCUUGAAACAAAAGCUGGCCACCCUCCUGCAGUGAAAGCUGGGGGAAUGCGCAUUGUCCGGAAGCAUCAUAGCAGCGGUGAUCAUCAGAACCAGGAGAAAGAUAAAGAAAGUAAAGAGUGGGAAAGCAGUAGCCCACCAAAACAGACACUAAUAAUAUCUGGCGCUAUAACAAAGGGUGAUAAAGAUUUCACUCCAGCAGCAGCCCAAGUUGCUCACCAGAAGCCACAGCCAUGCGUUGAGAAACUCCCACCAGUACAUCAUGUAAAUCAGCCAAUUCAUCAGCCUCGCAAGUGAAGUGCAAAGACCUUCAGACACAGGAGCCUCCUGUUUUGUGGUGAUCAGGGUACACAGAUAGAGUACCAAAUGACAGAAGAAAAGAUUGUUUUUAUAUUUAGUGCUAGAUUGAUGCUGUCUAGUCACCUAAAAACAGUUUGGACCUUUUGUAAAGUGAAACUGUGGCCAAAAUGGCAUUCAUAUCUAAUAUCUAAUCUUUCUAAAUUAUAUUUUUUAAAAAAUGGUAAAAUAAUAAGAGGAUAAAAGGUGGUGUAAUCACAUCACACUAGAAUGCUGUCUGUGUUUCUGUUAAGUUUGUGUAGUUGUGUUUUUAUAAGCCAUGUCAGUAUUGUGCUGUAUUACUAAGUAAUUUUGCACUGUAUUACCAUUCAUCACAUUCCAGGAUCCCAUAGUCACAGUUUAUGCAGAAUCCUGGCAUGCUUUCUGUAGCGUGGGAGAAUACUGAGUAGUCAAAAUAUGAUUUUUGUGUGCUAGAAGUGUUAAACCAGAUUAUAUUUACAUUUUCUUAUGAACUGGGAGGUGGGCUAUUAAUAAUUCAUGGCAAUUCACUGUACAUUUAAUAAUCUCAAACCAAAUACUGAAAGCGCUGUCAAAGUGAAGAAUAUAUGAAUCAGUAAACAACAGAAGUUAUUCCAAAAAAGAUUAAAUUAUGCAGACCACACACUGAAAUGAAAAAUUAAAUUAAAAUACACAGUAUAUGCCUGUAUGCAUGUUUUAGAAUUCAAGUGUACAAGCUUACAAAGAUGCCAGCUGAGGAGUACUCAGUUUUGGAAGUAGCCCUCACAUUGUUGCGGUCUCCCGAAUCUAUAUCCUGUCCUCUGUACCAGCUCAUCAGGAAAUAAAUUCCAGGGCCAUACAGCCCUUUCCAUAAACUAAUGUUUUUUUUUCAAAGUUGGUCCGCUAUCCAGUUAUCUGUGUCUCCAUCUUCUAGUCCAGCUUU